GGGCUUCCGGGAGAGUCGCAAAUCACACCGGUCAACGUACACACACGGUCCACAGCAACGCGUAUUCCGUCGCCGCCGGCCUUUGAGCGCGCCACCCGCGUUUGCAGAUCGUCGACUUACAUCCGCGGAGUAGAUUCGGCGCAGCCUCCGGGGUCCCUGUGUUUUGCGCUCGACCGUCCCGACACGCACCAUGUACUGCACGUCCGUCGCUUACGCCGCGAUAGCGUUGAUCGCCGUCUCGACGGUUUUCAGCACAGUGAAAGCAGAGGGUGAGAAAAAUGACAUACGCUGUUAUGUGUGCAAUAGCCAUAAUGACACGGCUUGUGCACAGGAAAAACUUCCAGAUCAUUUUAAAACGGAAUGCUCAAAGUUAAAUAUAGGUGUUCCAGAAGAGAGUCGCAAAAAUUAUACCCUCUGCAGAAAAAUCAUUCAAACAAUCGAGCCGGAGGUCAACGGAUUGCCAUCGGAUAAAAAUCGGAUCAUCAGGACAUGUGGCUGGGACGUUUCAAAUUACAAUAAUAAAUGUUACCAUCGAUCCGGAUUUGGUGGUAAACAGGACGUGUGCACUUGCUUGACAGAUUAUUGUAAUUCAGCGCAAAAGACAUACAUAGCGUUUGCCACUGUAGUGGCAGCAACAUUCGCUAUCCUUAUUUUGUAAAAAUGAGAAUAUUACUCUCAAAUACAAGUCAAAUAUUUUUGAUUUAAUCACCAGUGCAAGUAUUUUUAAUACAUUUUGAGAAGUAUAUAUUUAUAUAUAUUUAUAUUAAACCAGCAUCUGGUAUCUUUAUGACAAAAAUAUACCUUGAAAAUAAAUAAUACUGUUUUUAUUAGUUGAAACUUUUGUAGCAUACAAUUAUAAGUUAACUAUGUCACUAUUUUUCUAUAAUAAAGUAUUUUAUAAAUGUA